CGGUAAUAUGGAUAUCAGUAGCCGGAAUUCGAACCGGUGGCCUCGGUUUAGAAUGCAUCCUCUAGUGGUGAUUACCUCAGCGAUAUGGCUGUUUGCGUUGAUGAGUGUAUCGGAAGGAACUGGUGAGGAUUCUCCCACACAAGAUUUUGAAGUACGAUAUUUAUCCGGCGAGCCAGACUACAAAUCAGUCAACCUUACCUGGGAGGUGGAACCGUUGCGCGACGACGGCGAACAAGAUGAGCAACACCGGCAGCACAAAGCUGCGCGCGGAAACCGCCAGCAACGGUCGUUCAACGUUUACUACUGCGAGCUACAAAACUGGGGACCCCACCGUUGCCGAUCGAAAACACUGAUGGACAAUUCGGAGGAGAGCGGGGACAUAAGCAAGCAAUACUCGAUGACGGUGAAGAACCUAAGGAUGGCUACCAAGUAUUCAUUUCAUGUGAAACCACAAAUCAAACCAGGGGAUCAGAAGAUCAGUGGCCGAUCGGAACUCAACAGUGACGAGUUUGAUGGGAAUUCUAUUAAUCUUGGACAGACGAUCAUCAUUCCAACGAAGGGAUUUUCCGCCCAUGCUACUCAAUGUCUCCCACAUGCGUCGGAGAUUGAGGUUGAAACGGGACCGUACUUUGGUGGCCGCAUCAGCUCGGAGAAUGGCCACUGCAGUAUCCAAGGAGACGCCAACAGUUCUCAGGAAAGUUAUACGAUGCGGAUCGAGCACGAGAAUUGCGGCAGCCAUGUGAGUGCCGAAGAUUUGACCGUUGAAACGUACAUAACAGUGCAGGAAAACUUGGGGAUUUUGACGCACAGUACCAGAAGGUUCGUGGUAGUGUGCACCUUCCAGCCAGAUACACUAACGGUCAGAGCCAGAUUGGCACUGCCAGGCAAGGGCCGUGGCGGUGCAUCGCCUGUUCCGAUGAGCGAUUACUGGCCAGCUACUGGAAGGAAUGCUCGUGUCCGACAGUUCAAUAUGGUGGAUAAGAGCAGUUUGGUUCUCAAAGCUUCCGACGAGGAAGAUGUCGAAGACAUACAGCCAGCACAUGUUAAGGAAGUAGAAGAGAGUGAAGUAGUUCGACAGAAUGAUCAAAAAGUUGAAACGGAAGGUAGCGCUGUGACGGAAAAGAGUUUCGCUAAGCAGGAACUCAGUUCGAGGGAGAACGAAAUAGCUGAGAGGAAAACCGACAAGCGACGUAUAGAUAAGAGCGAACCUCUUCGCGACGCCAAGUAUGCGCGACUGUUCAAAGCGAAGGCAGACAGCGAAGACGUCGGGAUUGGUGUAAGCGAGACAUCAUCGGAGGACAGCAACGAGGCGUUCAGCUCUAGGGCUUCCGUUGGGAGUGACAACAGAUCCGUGGAUUUGCCGAGUUUGCUCAUUUCCGCAUGCCUUGCUGUGAUAAUGAUCGGUGCCUUUGUCUAUGUGCUGCUGAAAGAGUACAAGAAACAACGAAUAAUUCAACAGCACCAUCAGAUUCAACAGUCGCAGAGACCACCGAAUCGGAUGGGUUCGUUUUGAUAGCGUAGGUGACGAGGACGCCCGAUAUUUUAGAUGAUAAGUGAUAGCUAUGUAAUGAUAAGAUAGUGCUAACGUUAUUUUUAUUCGGACUGUAACCUUUACUGGUAAAGUUAACGGUAAGUUUUAAAAGUAUAGAAGACAAGGAAUCUACUCUUUGAUUGUUCGUAAAUCUAUGCUCUUUUGUUUUAUUGAAAUACUAGCCUAUAGAAUAAUUAAUAUGAGCUAAUUACUUGCCUACAUAUUUAUUUUUUGGGUAAAUCGACAAACAGCUCAUCUUUUGAACAGGCGUCAAUUUCAAUUUCUCAAAAACGACUGAGCAUAAACUUCACUCAAUGAUAUUUUCUCAUGUUUAUCUAAUUUAAUGCUGUUCUUAUCUCUGAAAUUUCAUACUCAAAUGUAUUCAAUAAAAGUAGCAAAGUAAGAACUGUAUUCUUGAAGAACAAAUGUAUCUACCGCAAUCAUCUACGAACUGAAUAGAAUAGAAAAAUCAAUUAUUUUGAUUCCUACAUCGUCAUCGUGAAGUGAUAUUCCAACUAUUAAUAAGAUUCUAAGCAAAGUAGACGUUAAUUUGCUGUCAUAAAAAUAUAUUAUUACAAAUUGUUGUACGUCAAACUAUAUCCAAGUCAUAUACAAAUUUCACUGAAUUAUUUUCAAAGAACAUUGUAACAACGGAAGCUUUCUUUUCGACUUUUGUGCUUAUAUGUUCAUACAGAUUGAAAACAAAUGCCACGAAACCUCCCGAGAAUGUUUCCAUUGUUACUAAGUUCCUUUUAAAAAAUGAAGCGAGGAAUUAUGACUGUUUGACUCCAUUAUCCAAUUUUUCACGAGCAGUAAUGACCGCCAGCUGAACCACAUUGGCACAAAACAUUGUUCAGAAUGCUGGAAACGCUGGGUGCGGUUGACCUACACAAA